ACGGAUGCUCCCUCCCCACCCUUGCAAUAAAAAGCCCCCGCUGGCACGAGGACGCUUCAUCGCUGCAGAGGAGCUCAAGUGUCCCGACAAAUAGACUCAACCUCAACUCGCCCUUUGGAGCCACUCAGCGUGCUGUCGUCAUGGCUAGAAACCUGCUAAAGAAUCCCAAUGGAGAAGAGCAGCUGGAAUUCUGGGAGCUGACGGAGAACGGUGGAAGCCAGUGGAGGGUGGAGGACAUGCCGGGAGACUGUGGCCAUGACUUCAGCGAUGCAGCUGUGACAAAAUACUUUGCAACCUCCUUUGAGCUGUGUCUGAAGAGACAGCUGAUUGACUUACCAGAGGAAGGCUUCACUAGUGAACAGCUGGAUGCACAACCUGUUGUAGCAGUGGAAGACUGGUACUGUGGGAGGCAAGAUUGCGGCUGCACCUACCAAAUGACCGUGUGUCUGCUUGAUGACAACCAAGAGGUCUUGGAGGAGUUCAAACCUGAGCCCGUUACCUUGGACCCGGAUACUGACGACUGUUCAUGGAAACAGGUCUCCCACGCAUUUUCAGAGUAUGGCCCCGGUCUGCGCUACAUCUCCUUUGAACAUGGAGGGAGCGACAAAAAGUACUGGGAAGGGUGGUUUGGAGUGAGGGUGACUGGGAGCUCUAUUACUGUACAGGUCUAAAUAACACAGAAAUAACAAUGUAUUGUAUUACAUUGGUGUGAUACUUUAAAUAAGACCACCUUUGCCUUAUGUAUCGAGCUUACACCUCUGCUCUCCUAAUAGUACUGAUAUUUUCCCUGUGUUAAUAAACAGACAACAGUAUAUGCUGAAUAACGUAGCGUAGAACUGCACUGCACCAUACUGAAAAGUUGUUCAUAAUACCAAUUAGCUGUGAGUGACAACCGGAUAACUUUCAUUUCAGUUUGAUAGCAACUGUUUAUUUAACAUUAAAAUAAUAAAAACAACACAAAAUGAACUGUUGUACAAGGUUAUUACAGUAGCACACUUGAGUAAUCACAGUUGUUCCAUGUACAAUUCAAAGCUAUGUGUAUUAAAGCAAAUAUGCCAUAAAUCUGAAUUUAUUCACACAAAAACAGGACUAGUCACGCACAAGAGUUUAAAUUAUGGUUAAAGGUAUGAGGAAUUAAAAAAAUAAGGUUUUUUAAUGAAUGUUUGAAACACUGAGACGCACUAUUUAUGUUAAACAACUUUUAUACAUUUUUAAAUCAAACUUGAAUCUAAUUUGAUGUUGAUGUUUUGUACUAAUACAAAAGAAAAGUAUUGUUUCGGUACAAAAUAAUCUUAACAUCAAUAUAUAAUCCUUCAGGUUUCAACUCCGAGUAGAG